CUUAAGAGUUAACGACCAAUUAACAGCAACAGAUAAAAUUGAAAAAAAGUUGUGUUACGCUAGCACAAGCGAUGUCCAUCGUACGUCUUCAAAGAAUGGCAUCAUUUUUCGCUUCAAGAAUAUUAAAUUCUCGACGCGUAAUUUUUAUUCAUAAUUUAAAUUAUACUCGAAAUUAUCCUUUACAACAAAUAAAAUCUGAAACAAGAAUCAUUUGGAACAAAAAAUAUAACAUUUGUGCUAAUAAUAGUCAUAGUAAAUACUCACUGAAGACUAAUGACUUUAUUAACUCGUUAAGCAACGCAAGGAAAAAAAUAUUUUAUUUAUCAUUUAUCGUAGGCAACAGAAAACUUUCUCGAACUUCAGUUUCUUACAAUGAAGAUAGAUCUGAUAAAUCAAAUUUAAUAGAUUCUAAAGAGAAAAUAAUUCAAAAAAUAAAAGAAAAACAAUCAAGAGAAAACAUUUGGACAAUACCGAAUUACCUUACAUUUUCACGGUUAAUUGCUUCUCCAAUUAUAGGAUAUUUCAUUUUGAAUGAUCAAUAUAAUCUAGCAUUAAUUGCUUUUAUAUAUGCUGGAAUUACCGAUUCGUUAGAUGGAUUUAUCGCGCGUAAAUACAAUAUGAGAACAAUGUUAGGGACAGUGAUGGAUCCUGCAGCCGAUAAAAUGUUAAUGACUAUCAUGACCAUUACGUUCGCAAUGAAAGAUCUAUUACCGGUUCCAAUAGCCGCUGUGAUAUUGGGACGCGACAUCGGAUUAAUUCUUUCAUCAUUUUAUUAUAGAUAUAUUUCAUUACCACCUCCGAAAACAAUAGGAAGGUAUUUUGAUAUAUCAAUUCCAUCUGCUGAAGUAAGGCCAACACUAAUUAGUAAGGUAAAUACGGCUUUACAAUUAGCUCUUAUGGGUAUCACACUUGCCAGUCCUGUUUUUGGAUGGACGCACGCUAAAACCUUAACAGUAUUACAAUAUACUGUUGCCGGAACAACUAUGUGGUCUGGAUUGAGUUAUAUAUUUUCUAAAGAUGCUGUAAGGAUUUUAAAACCGCCUGCUGUCAAAUAACUUUAUUUUAAAAUUGGCCUAGUUUCAUAUUAUUUGUUGCGAAAUUUCUUAAUAUAAAGCAGUAAAAAUUUCCGAAUUAAAAACUACUUAAUACAGUAUAACCGAACUUUGUUUCAAAAGUUCUAUAUUUUUAUUUUAUAAUGUGUUAUCAAUAACUAACCAUUCAAUUUACAAACAAAUUUAAUUUCUAUUUAUU